UCCCAGAGUCACAGGCAUGAGCUUCUUAGAUUCUUCUUAUCCGCCGCCUCUCUGCCACCUCGGCAUCGACGAAGACGACGCCGGUAACCACCGGGAGCAUCAUCAGGAGCAUCCUGAAACAGCUACGACGUCAGAUCCGGUCCCAGUUCCGGUGAUCGAUCUUCAAUGCCUGAACGACGACGAGGUGUUGAGGAGGCUAGACGAGGCUUGUAGGGAGUGGGGAAUAUUCCGGGUGGUAAACCACGGAGUUCCGGCGGCUCUAAUGGCGGAGCUUGAAGACCUGACGAAACGACUGUUCUGGAUGUCGUUUGAGAGCAAAAAGGCGUCGUGCGAAGGAAGUCCUGUGAGUUAUUUUUGGGGGACGCCUGCUCUGACUCCAUCGGGCACUGCCCUAUCGGGAGGACAUCGAAAGAUCAAUUUGGUUGAAGGCUUCAAUCUUCCUUUAAGUCAACUCUCAGAAUUUCAUCCGCGGCUUCCUCUGCUUCAAUCUUUCAGAACUAGAAGAUCUGAAUCCAAAUGGAUGACUACACGUUUGUGCACAAACAAAGGGAAUAUUGACACACAAAUACACUCACACAGAGCACAGAGCACAGGUUUGAUCCAAUCACCUCCAUCCCAAGGGAGGAAGUUGGUGCCAUUAGACCCAAGGGACUUUGGCAAACAAAAUGCAUUCUUUGUGUGUGAAUAUCUAACUACAUCACUAUAUAGAGUUGCAGUGUUAGAGUAUGAAGAGCAAGUAGCAAGAAUCGCCACAAGUUUAUUCAAAGCAAUGGCGAAGAACUUAGAUGAUGUGAGCAUAUUGGAGAAGUCAAGCCAGUAUCUUUCUCACAAGACAGCCAAUAUACGUGUCUAUCGCUAUCCACGUAGCCCUAAUAAUAAUAAUAAUAACAACACCGUUGCUUCUUGGGGAAUGGAACCUCACACAGAUAGCUCUGUGCUCUCCAUUCUCAGCCCCCAUACUCAAGAUUCUUCCCUUGAGAUCCUCAACAGUUAUCAAUGGCUUCCUCUUCAAUCCAUUCCCAACACCCUCCUCGUCAACAUUGGCGACAUGAUGCAGGCCAUAAGUGAUGACAGAUACAAGAGUGCGUUGCACAGGGUGAGGAUAAGCCAAGAAAAGGAAAGGAUUUCGGUGUGUUACUUUGUGUUUCCAGAUGAAGAGUUUGUGAUAGGCAGCUCCAAGUACAAGCCUUUUAGUUAUAGUGAUUUCAGAGCACAAGUUCAAGAGGACAUCAAAGCCAUUGGCUAUAAAGUUGGACUCUCCAGGUUUACCCAAACUCAUCAUCACCACACUUAAAAGAGAGAACACAAACUUCAACCCUCUCUCUCAAAUCAUCAAUUUUCAACUAUCUUCAUUGUUCUCUUUAAUUAAUUACAUAAAUUCUUUUUGCUUGAGAUAUGUAAAGCAAAAUGAAUACAGAACAAAGAGAGGAACUUGUGGGUUCUAUUUGACGUGAGGCGACCAUAACUAUUCUCCUUCUCUUUUUCUCUUCACUUGAUUAUCUCAUACUCUAACUAGUAACGUGGAGAGAGUUCAUGCUCAAAAUAAAGAGGUUUUGUUGGGUUAUACCUUAUCCCGCCUUAAUAGAUUAAGGCCCAAGCCCAAUAUAAGUGGGGUUCUAAGGAGAAUAAGGAAAAGCAUGGGGUCAUCGAGAGAAUUUUCUCAUUAUAUAAGUGAAGGUGUAAGUUUGAGGCACAUACCAUAACUCCCUAAAAAACUUCUUGGUCCCUCUAAGAAAGGACUCUCUUUUUCUUUUUGGUGUAUUUGUUGUGUUGCUUAAUUAGAAUCCAUGACUUUAAUAUGGUUUUAUGUUGACCCCUUAAUUAGUUAGCCAAAUUCGAAAUAUGCUCCAAAAUCCUACAGAUUUAUAAGAAAUUAGCAAGUC